AUGCCAUUUGGCCUAUCGAAGCAAAAGACAGCCUACUCAACAGUCGAGGAAGAAGAUUCCGAGAAUGUACCAAUUCUAUCACCCAUGCCGUUCGACGUAUCAUCAUUCCUAGGACCUCCCCAAAAUGAAGAACAAGUCAAGGAAUUUGCCAAGCAAGAAGCAGCUGGGAAACUUACCGGAGGUCUAGGAGCUGGUUGGGAGCCCGCGACUACCAUCACGAGUUCGGAUCUGAUGAAUAAUGCACCUACGACACCGAGGACGCCUGGCACGAUAUCACGACGGAUGUCUUUCCGUAAUGUCACGGCACGAGCUCCUUCGUUCAGGAAUUCAACACUAGCGAGAAAAGCGACGGUGCGAGAAGUAGCUCAAGCUGAAGCGAACAAACGGGGAGAGAUCAUCAAGGUCAUCGCUGAAGAAGCUGAAGAACCGACUGUCGAUAUCAGCUCCUUUGCUGGAGGAAGUACAUCUACCUUGGACUUUGAUCAGAUGGAUAACAAGUCAAAGAAUGUGCGCAAGAAUACAUUGCCUGUUCCCACAACAGAAGUAUUCUAUCCUCAACCUAAUUGGAAGCCCUUCUCGAUGAGAUGGCCGUACCUAUCAGGACUUAUAAUUAUAUCGGUAGUACUAGCAGCUGCACAAGAGUAUAUGUUGCAUAGAGGAGCUUUGUAUAGCUUCCAGACUGCGCAGUCGUUGAGUACCUGGAAUUACUUUACUUUCAAGUAUUUGCCGACUUUGGUAGCCGUCACGUUUGGUGUGUUAUGGCAGGUCACGGAUUUUGAGGUUAAGCGGUUGGAAGCGUAUUAUCAGCUGUCGAAAGAAGGAGGGGCCUUGGCUGCUGAAUCGAUUAAUGUUGACUACAUUACUUUCUUCAACUUCUUACGUCCGGUAAGAGCAUUCAGAUACAAGCAUUAUGCAGUUGCGGUGUCAUCCAUCGCAACUUUACUAGCAGUAUCACUCGUCCCAACUUUACAAGCCGCCUCAGUCGACCUCACUCCCGACCGUCACGCAAGGGAACUAGACCCCAACGGCCUCAAGGAAAUCCGUAUCAACGCUAUCUACUCACGCUUUCUAAGCGUUAUCCUCCUACUCAUCGCCGUGAUGGGCUGUAUCCUGGUCUGGCAACUCGAAAGACGACCCUCAGGUCUCGUAGCAGAUGUCAAAGGCAUAGCUGGCAUCGCAGCCAUGGCCAACCGAAGUCACAUCCUAAUGGACUUUAAAAACAUGGACACAGCAAACCCAGAACUCAUCCACCAAACCCUAAAAUCCCACCGCUACUCCCUCCGCAACUCAUCUCUCGCCCCCGAGUUUUCCGCUCCUCUCACACAAGAAGAGAAAGAUAAAUACGACCAAAGACCCCGAACAGAGAACCCUCACCCCCUCAUGCUCCGACUCGCAGCCGGCAUCCCAUUCAUCAUCAGCAUGAUCCUCUUCGUAAUCCUCAUCCCAAUCGUCCUCUUCCAACCCGCCGCCAACACCAUCACCGACAAAGCCCCCUGGUUCCUAACCGCCCUCGCAGUAGCCAUCAAACUCGCCUGGGGAACCCUCGAAACCGACGUCCGCAUGAUAGAACCCUUCUACAUCCUCUCUCGCCGGCACGCUUCCCCGAAAGUCCUCACCCUAGAUUACACCGCUAUGGCAUUUGGUUGGAUGCCCGUGCGCGCCUUCAUGAAUGGGCAUUUUCUCGUCGCCCUAGUAGGGCUGGGAAGUGUGUUGGCGGAGGUAUUGACUAUCUGCUCCACGAGUUUCGCGAAUGUUUCUGGCCUCGAUUUCGCGAAUACGCCGCCGCCGAUGAAUAGUAGCGUUAGUGGACUGGGCAGCCGAGACGGGCGACAGAACGGACAGAAUGCGGGCGAGGAGACGUUUCUCUCGUUCUGGCUUUCCUUUGGAUUAGCGAUUUCGAUCCUCUCGUUUUUAUGCCUGGUAGCGACUUUUGUUUAUAGCAGGAGGAGACACCCGUUCCUGCCGCGGCAGCCAAACACGAUUGCGAGCGUGCUGGCGUUUAUCCAUCAGAGCAAGAUGCUGUAUGAUUUCGUGGGGACGGAGAAGAUGAAUAACGACGAGAUGGUGCAGAAGCUGGCGAGCGUGGGGAAGAAGUACGGGCUGGGCUGGUUCGUGGGGAGGGAUGGCGAGGUGCAUUGUGGGGUUGAUGAGGAGGAGUUGGUGGUGGGGUAUAAGCAUGGGGAUGAUGCGCGGAAGGCGAGUCAGCCGUGGAAUACGCAGUGGGAGAAUUAUUAG